AGAGCAACAGAGAAGAAUCUUAUGGUUUUAUCGUUACUACUGCAAUAAUCAAAAUUGCUCCCUUUCUCUAGUACUGGGCAGUGCACCCAGUUGGGAUCGAACAACUGUGUCAGAAAUAUAUUCUGUCAUGAGGAAAUGGAGAUUUUCUAACCCUCUGGAGGCACUUGGACUUCUAACUUUCAGUUUUCCAGAUAAAGAUAUUCGCAGAACAGCGGUCCAGCAAAUAGAAAUCUGUCAAAUGAUGAAUUGUUAGAAUACCUCCCACAGCUGGUUCAGGUGCUCAAGUUUGAGUGGAGUCUGGAAGGCCCUCUGGUGAAACUCCUGCUGAACCGUUCUCUUCAGAGCAUCCAAAUAGCCCAUCAACUUUAUUGGCUGUUGAAAAAUGCACAGAAUGAAGUUCAUUUCAAAAUCUGGUAUCGGAAACUACUGGCUGCUCUCCAAUUCACUGCUGGGAAAACCUUGAACAAUGAAUUUUCUAAGGAGGAGAAACUUAUCAGAAUUUUGGAAGACAUUGCUGAAAAAGUAAAAGCUGCCAGUGACAUGAAAAGAAAGGAGGUGUUAAAGAUGGAACUCAAUAGACUUCAGCAGUUCUUCCAGGAUGUAAAAGUUUGCCGACUUCCCCUGAACCCCGCACUUGUUGUGCAAGGCAUAGAGGCAGAUUCAUGUUCGUAUUUUACAUCCAAUGCUUUUCCAUUAAAAAUCUCCUUCAUCAAUGCAAAUGCUCCAAGUGGAAAUAUCAAUAUUAUUUUUAAGAUAGGUGAUGAUCUACGUCAGGAUAUGCUGGUUCUGCAAAUUAUUCGAGUGAUUGACAACAUAUGGCUCCAAGAAGGUCUGGAUAUGCAAAUGAUAAUUUAUAGAUGUUUAUCUACAGGAAAAGGCCAAGGACUUGUACAGAUGGUGCCAGAUGCUACCACACUAGCCAAGAUCCACAGGGAAUCUGGACUGAUAGGACCAUUGAAAGAAAACACAAUUAAAAAAUGGUUCCGUCAUCACCAUCGUCUGGAAUCCAGUUACCAAGAGGCAAUAAGGAAUUUCUUUCAUUCCUGUGCUGGCUGGUGUGUUGUCACCUUCAUUCUAGGAGUUUGUGAUCGACACAAUGACAACAUAAUGUUGACGAAUGCUGGACACAUGUUUCACAUUGAUUUUGGAAGAUUUUUAGGUCAUGCACAGACAUUUGGAAGUAUAAGAAGGUUAGUAUAUAUAGUAAUACAUACAAUAAAUAGACUUUAAAAAGAUGUUCUGAAU